UAAACCGAGAUUAAAGUUAAUCUAGGUAGAAAUAAACAUAUGUCAAUCUCGACCUGAUGUUUGUUAAUAUUAAAGUAUUGUUUUAUUAUUGGCUGGAAGAAACUAAUAAAUUCAUGUGAAGAGCUAAUGAGACGAACUAUUAAAAACUAGUUAUUGUCAAUCAUGAAAUGAAGAAAUGGCUAGACAAAAUAUUGCCUUAAAUUAAGUCUAAUCUAAUUUGAAGUGUAAAUAAAAUGUAGCUGUAUCUUUGUAUUGCGCAAAAAAUACUUUAUAUCGUCCAAUCGAAACUUCGACAUUCGCAGUGAUAGAAGCACGAGAAACAAAGUUCUGCGUACAUUCUUAUCAUCAUGCGUGAUAAGAAUGUUUCACCUUUACCACAGAUUCGCUCGUUUGGGAUAAGAUUCGAAAGCAGAAAAAAAUUCCACGCGCAAACCGUCCUUGUCCCCUCGAUUUGGUCUUUGAAACUGCCUGUAAAUCAUAGCCACCCCGAUCCGCCAGACACCCCAUAUAUGCCAUCGUAUUCGCUGUUACCGGUAACGGCGCGGCGUGAGUCGCACGUUUGCAAUCAAAGGUCCACGAUUUGCACUUGCACCGGCCAGUUAUUGCGACCGGUUACGCAUGUGUCAGCGUCCGAGGAAAACGUGUCCGGCGAUUGGCAGCUGCGACUAGCAGCGAUGUGGUGGGAACGAGGCACAGUGCCUGCCAGAGCCACGCGACGUAUAAAGAUCCUCGUCGCAACCGCCGCCAACUAUUCUCGAACGUCGCCGACCGGCAUCGUUUCGGUCACGAAACGUGCGACUUACGUCGUGCUAUCUUAUACCGUCUACGUCAACGAACCGCGAAGCGAUCCUCUAAAUUCUCCGACGCGUACGUCGCGGGCGAAGAUCGAGACCGAUCAGUUUCGCGAGACCCUGCAAGACCGGAAACCGCGUGGCGAUUCGCCGAUUUUCGAGGUGGUGAAACCUGUGCUUCGAAAAAGAAUCGGGAUGCCGACGUGUGACUGCCAGAACGGGACUCUGGACGAGUCGGAGGAACAUGUUUGCUCGCUGAAGCCACCGGUGGAGAAGGACAAGGUCAAGGAGCCCAAAGAGUCGCCCAAUCCGGUUAGGUACAGCGAUGGCUCCGUACGAUUACGAAACCCCAAUAUCGAACUCAUGGAUCAGGACAUAUUGUACCAUCUCGCACUCGGCAGCGGCUCCCACGAUCUGGUUGAGAUGUUCGGUGACAUCAAGUUUGUCUGCAUGGGCGGAACGCCGAAAAGGAUGGAACAUUUCGCUAAUUACAUUAUGCAGGAGAUAGGUCACAAGCUGCCAGCCGGAACGACUCUUCUCGACAUCACUAAAAAUUCCUACCGCUAUUCGAUGUUCAAAGUCGGCCCGGUCCUCUCUAUCAGCCACGGAAUGGGUAUACCUUCGGUUAGCAUUCUGCUCCACGAAGUUAUCAAGCUGAUGUACCACGCGAAAAUAAGGGAUCCGAUCUUCAUCAGGAUCGGCACCUGCGGUGGUAUCGGCCAUGAAGGUGGCACGGUAAUCAUCUCGGAGGAAGCCCUCGAUGAGACGAUGAAACCUUAUCUGGAAUUGAUGGUGCUCGGAAAAUUGAUACGUCGACCGGCCAAGCUCGACCGGCAGCUGGCCCGCGACCUGAAGGCCCUGGCCCACCGCGACGAUCCCUACGACACCGUGAUCGGCAAGACUAUGUGCUCAAACGACUUCUACGAGGGCCAGGGUCGCCUGGACGGCGCGUUCUGCGAGUUCACGGAGGCCGACAAGAUGGAGUACCUCACCAAGCUGCAGAAGGCCGGCGUGGUGAACAUCGAGAUGGAGAGCCUCUGCUUCGCCGCGCUGACACACCACGCCGGCAUCCAAUCCGCCGUCGUGUGUGUGACGCUGUUGGACCGACUCAAAGGCGACCAGGUUCUGGCGCCCAAGGAGGUGUUGGAAGAAUGGCAGAUGCGACCGCAGAAGCUGAUCGCACGCUACAUCACUACGUACCUUCAACGCAAGGGCCGCCUCUCUCUGGAGGGACAACACGGUUCCAUGUACGUGAAGAGUCCGCGCCGGUUCAAACUGGUGCAACAGGAGUCGGAGAAUUACGAUUAAAUAAUUCUCAAACGAACCCGAAGAUGCGGCCACGAAGAUCUCCCCAGGGUGCGAUCGGCUCGGCUACGGGAUCGGUUAACUUACGCCGCGCAAGCCG